AUGUUCAAUAGGCGCGCACUUGCAAUCACUGUCAUCCUCCUCGGCAUUUUCCUCUUCUGUACCUUCACCGUCCUCACAGCGCUAGCCUCGUAUUACGCAGUGCCUUCAGACGCGUUACUCCACCCUUAUCCCAUAGAUAUGCCCCCUUUCCCCGCCGAUCCCCAUGUCCAGCCGGAGGACACGACCAACGCAACGUGGUCCAAUUUCGAUGGAUUUGCUUAUCACGUGGAGCCUAGGAGCGAUAAGAACGAGACUAUCCCCAGGAUUCUCCAUUGGACGUGGAAAGACGAGCUCCUUCCAGAGAGAUGGAGAGUCGUGCGCAACGCGUGCAUGGACAUGCACUCUGACUACCAGCACAUCCUGUGGACGGAUGCCAUGUCCCUCGACUUCCUAAAGAGGUAUUAUCCUUGGUUCGUUUCUACGUUCGAAAGCUACCCUUACAACAUACAGCGCGCAGACAGCAUCAGAUAUUUCAUUCUCUACCACUACGGCGGGACUUACAUCGACCUCGAUAUUGGCUGUCGUCGCCGUGUCGAUCCCCUUCUCCAGUAUCCCGUCGUACUCGCAAAGACUAUCCCCGUAGGCGUGUCGAACGAUCUCAUGUUCUCGGAGCGCAAGAGCAGCUUCAUGGAGAGUGUCAUACACAAUUUGCAAACAUUCAACCACAAAUACUUUUCGCACUACCCCACCGUCAUGUUCUCCACUGGACCCAUGUUCAUAUCCACCAUUUACGGCUUCUGGAUGGGCAACCACCCCGACGUGCACAAGGAUAGGGAUGCAGUACGAGUUAUACCGAAAUCGCUCUAUGGGAAGAAUGCAAAAGUAGGCACAGUGCCUGAUAGUUUCUUCGAUCACUACUACGGAUCAUCGUGGCAUGCCGACGAUGCAGGUUUCAUCACCUUUCUCGGUAGAUGGGGUAGGGGAUUGUUAUUGAUCGGUGGAUUCGUUCUAUUCAUUGGUGUAGUCAGAUUGGUUUUCUACAGGAGACGGAGAACGAGUGGAAUGCGCUGCAACAGUCGUCAAAUGCCACCACCAGCGUACCUGUUCCCCGAUUCUCACUUUUUCGAUUGGAGAGGGCAGCAGAUACCACUGCUUCCGUUCACGAACCAGACAUCAAGUCGACCAGCUAGUCCAUCACGUAGUAGCAGCAUGGCCGGUAACCUCGCCAAUUCGAUCCCUGCUAUACUGUACUACCCAUUCAACCCAUCGACAUGGGCAUCGCCGACGCUGCCGCAGACUCCCCUCAGUCAGAGUACGCCAGGGGUACAGAGUGGAACAUUGACACACCUCCUUUCUUACGUCCUCCCCAAGAGCUGGAUGGGAUCCGAUGAUUACGAUGAGGUGGAGCAAGAUGAGAGCGAGGAGGAGGAGCAGGACCUAGAUGCUCCACCCACCCCGUUUAGUCAUCAUAGGAGUACGACGUGGGCGCGUAUGGAGUUCCAGAGAGCGCGCGAGAUGGAGUUGCAGAGGAUAAAGGAGGGACAUGGGAGUAUUGGUGGUGGUAACGGUAGUGGCAGUGCGAAUGCUCAUGUGCAGCAACAUGGUAGUAGUCCACGACAGAGUCAAAGUCAAAAACACUGUCAUCCUCAUCCUCAUCCUAUAGACAAGAACAGCAGUAGCAGCGACACUCACAUAAAUAGCCUCGCACAAAAUUUACGUAGCGGUCAGUUGGCUCGCAACGCAACACCUCCUGCACAAGCCUCUCACGCUCAUCAUUCGCACGACUCGCACCAGGAAGAAAUCGAAGCUUUGUUGGCAUCGCUGGAACCACAGCUAUCGCAGCACACACAUCAAACGCAGCAGAAUGACUAG